AAAGAAAACCUGGGAAAAAAUGAAAGGCCGAGCUAAGAAACUGUAUAGAAAUGAGGGUAACCGGACUGAUGGAAGUGGUCCCCCUCAGUAUUAUGAUAGGAUAUCUGCCAAGGUCAUUGAUAUCAUUAUUAAAGACCUAAACAAUGACCUCAAUAGUAAAGAUGUAAACAAUGAAUCAACGUGUGGAAUGGAUGGCAGUGGAACCGGCUGUAGUGGAGUUAACCAGUCUGAGAAAAAUCGUGUCGGAGAAGAGGGUCAGGAGACGUUCAUUGCUGAAGAUGAGGGAACUCUUGGCUCUGACUAUAUUGCCGUCACUGAUGUAAAUAAAAGUGUAGGACAGUUAUCUCCAGCCAACAGUGACUCACUUGAUUUAGGUGAUUCCAGGAUAUCCUCUGUACAUAACAUGCAAGAUCCAUUUCAUCUGCCACUUUCUGAGUUAGAAAACGAGAUGCCGGCAUUUUCUGACUGCCAAGCGUCAGAUACUAAUGAGGUGUCAACUGCUGCUGGACCCUUAUCCAACAGUCCUGAGAGACCAGCAUAUUCUGGCAGCCAAGUGUCAGAUACUGAUGAUAGGGUGUCAACUGCUGCUGACCAGUUAUCCAACAGUAUUGAAGGGCUAAAAUUGGGAUGUGGAAUAUCAACAGAGGCCACCACAUCACGUGUUGCUACUCCAUUGCGAAAGCGGCUCAGAUUCUCUGAAGAAGAAUGUUACAAUGCAUCAGUUGCUCUUAAAAACAAAGAGCAUAAAAUUAUUAUGAAUGUUCAGAGAGCCAAACUACAAGCUCAGGAAGCAAAGCUUAAACACUUAGAUAAGCAGGCAAUGAUUGACGAUGAAAAGCUGAAACAAAUGCAAAUGCAAUCUCUCCUGAAUGCGCACUUGUUGGAAUCAGUAACACAGUGGAAGGAGAUUGCAGUAUCUGUACAAGAAACGGUGGAGAAAGUUAAGCACUUCUAUCAAGUGGGAGAAACUUCUAUAGCAGAUAAAAGCUUUAGAAAAGGAACUCCGGUGACUAAGAAGUCUGUGGAUGGAAGUGUGCAUUUGAAACCAAAGGAGAGGUCCUCAGUGCUGGAGUCUCUAUAUGAAGAUUCGGCAUUUGCAGAUGUGACCUUAACAGCACAGGGUCGGUCAUUGAGGGCGCACAGGGCAGUACUGUCAGCAAAGAGUCUGUAUUUCAGAGAAGUUUUACAAGACAACCCUUACCAACACCCAAUUAUUAUCAUGCCUCUCGAUGUGCAAUUCAGGGAUCUUGAGGCAAUCAUCAGCUACAUAUACAAAGGUGAAAUAACCUUACCCUCAGAUAAUCUAAAAUCCCUUCUGAAGACUGCCAGUGCUCUGCAAAUAUCCGAUUUAGCCAGGGUAGAUGUUUUGGGUACGACAGCAAUUGACAGUGAAGAUAUAGCAUCCUGCAAGACAGAAAAAGUGCAUUCUGAGAGAGUAAAUUCCGUUAGUGAGCACAAGGAGGAGACACACAGCCAGCUAUCUAUGCCUCUUAUAGCAAGAAAAGAUAAUCUGCAUAGCAACCGGGCCGAAUGUGCAUUUCUAUUAAGCAGCAGGAAGAGACCUAGAGAGCAGGCUUUCUCCGAGACAGAUCCCGUGAAGCCUGUUCGGACUCAAAGCAAGUGCCCAAGACUAGCAGAGAACUACUCAGUGACGCCAGACGGAACUUCAGUGUUGGCAGAGGUCAAGGUGGAAGAUUUUGAGGAGCACGAAGUAGUUAAUGAGUGGUCGGGACUAGAGGACUACACAUCAAACGAUUUUAAGUACAGUGACAAGAGUCUUCAACAGUUUCCAGGCAGACUCAGUGACACAGACACAGCAGACUCCAUUUUCAUAAAAGAGGAACCAGUCGACUAAAAUAUAAAUACUGCAGUCUUCUAGCCUAAGUUCACCAGCCGAGCUACCUCAGACUACGGUUUUGCUUUCAUUACAGAUUUUUUCCCAAGGCUUGGUGCAUCGAGAUGGCUUCGAACAGCUUUAAUGGUAAUAUUCAUGUACAAGUUUAAGAUUGCAUACUAAAAAAAAUAUGGGAUCUAGGCAGAGAUUGGAGACAGAAGACUUGCGGGAAAACUAGCUUUAAAAAUCAGUGCAGUAGCUGUAUUCAAAACAUCUGGAAAUGUAACUGUGCUCUUGUAAUAAAAAUGUCAAAAUUA